AAAAUCAUGAAGUGAGGCGACUGUCAGCGACGGCGACGAAGCACUGGUGGUGGCCAAGACAAGCUGGUGGCUGGUGGCUGGCAGGAACGACGCAGGCGAGUAGCACGUGCAUCGUCACGGCGACAAACGCUUGGCUCGGGCCAGGCCUCGCCCUCUUUUGCUCACUGCAACUGCUUCGACCACCCACCUUUCGUCGCCGUCGUUGGCAGAAAAUCCGUCCACUCGUUCAUUUUUACGGUUUUUGCGAUGAAGUCUGUUGCAGUACUCCCCAUUCUGGCGGCGUCGGUGCUCGCAUCGUCCGCGCUCAUUCCGACAGAUGUUUCGUCGGCGUGCAGCAGCUACCUCAAUUCCUUCAACCAGGAUACGUCUCUUGAGAGCUGCAUCUCGCCGCUCGUCAAGGCGACUGCCCAGUUCGGCGCGGGCGCGAACAGUACCUCCAACCCGACGUCGUCUGCCGUCAGCAGCGCUCUUUCGAGCCUCUGCUCCGCCACCACCUGCUCUUCCCAGACGAUCCGCACGCAGCUCGCCAAUCUCUACUCUGCGUGCACGGCCGAGCUCACGUCGAGCGCGAACAAGGAUGUCCUCCGCACGUACGACGUCCUCUACUCCAUCGUGCCCCUCCAGCAGGCGAUGUGCAGCAAGAACAGCAACGGAGAUUACUGUGUCGUCGCCGGCAGCAACUCGUCUUCGUCCUCGGGCACGAACGACGCCGCUUCGACCGCCACGGGCGAGAGCUUCAGCUCCAUCUCCGAAUACCUCUACUCGGACGCCUCGUCGCCGUCCUCCGUCGCCCGCCGGGACAACUCGCAGGCGACCGUCUCCAUCGUCCCGAACACGACCACCUUCGCCGAAAACAACAUCCUCUUCCUCUUCCUCUCGCCCAACCUCUCGUCCUCGGAGCUCUGCACGUCGUGCACGCGCAGCGUCAUAACCGCGUACACCGACUUCGAGAGCAACGUGCCCUACGCGCCCGGCCUCCAGUCGAGCACGCUCAUGAGCGGCCAGACCGCGCUCUACAAGGGCAUCAUCAGCACCUGCGGGUCGAGCUUCAUGAGCGGCGGCGCGCAGGCUGCUGGUGCGAUCUCCAGCGGCGAGACCUCCGGCGCGCCGCCGUCCAUCGCCGUCAGCGCGAAGGCGGUCAGCGCCGUCUUCGGUGCGGCCGCUCUCGCCUUCUUCGCUAUGCUGUAGACGGAGUUGCGAUUCCGAGUCUGUUCUGAUCCACCGUACCUUUUGGACUCUCAUCGAACCACUUACAAGCUAGUGAUACCCGUGCCGGUUAUAAUAGCAUUUGGUCUUCCAAGUCGGAUAGUCCUUAGUCGUGUUGUUCUCCCUGAGCCUUACACGUGAAGUAUGCCUAUGACUCCAACUAUUCAGCGGGAUCAGUGUUUUAUCACCGAUGUGCCUCUUCAAGUCCUCCCCGAGGCCAGCGUUGUUAUUCGA